UCUCGCGCACUUUGCAUCCGCGUCUCACCUCGAAUAUCUUUGUUUCAACGAGAGCUGCUCUUUGGCUUUUAUUUUUGUCGUUCUCUUCGGCCGCCUCGCUCUUCGUCGAUCGUUCUCAGUUGUCACCUCUCGAUCGGAGGAAACACCACUCCUUAGAGCCAUGACAGGAUUACUUCUUCUACUAGUUGCAGUUUAUACUGGCGACUAUCUACUGAUCAACGGAGAACUUUACGAAGGUGUCGAAUGCACUACAUCAAGAGGUCCAGGCGUGUGCCAGUUGCUGAAUCCACAAUGCCAGCCAGUGUUCGAUGAGUUGCGAUCUGGUAAACAGCCCGAAGUGGUUUGCGGCUAUCGGGGCAUUACGCCUAUCGUCUGCUGCCCAUCUGACGACAGUCAGAUUUCGAAGACUAGCACAACGAGUCGACCGAUCUGGGGUUCCAUCGGUCAAACGACUUCCGGUGGACCGGUUAGACCUACUUCAAGGCCGACCAUCGCAGCUGGAAGUACUUGGAACUAUAACAGACCAACAACGACCACUAAUAGAAACUUUUGGGAUUACAAUAGGCCAACCACGACUGGUGGAAGCUACUGGGAUAGAACGACUACCACCAGUCGAUGGACUACCACCAGUCAGAGGACUACUACCACUAGGAGACUUGUUAACCCUCUCGCCAAUGCUCGAUCUGCCAGACGUAUGUGUUCGGAGUACGCAAAGUCGGUGUACGCUCUGGUAUAUCCACCAACUUUCGGAGCACUGCAAGAACGCGUGAACGUAUCCCUUUGCGCUAUCAAGGACAAAACGUUGAUAGUCGGUGGCAGCAAUGCCGAGCCCAAAGAGUUUCCACAUUCGGCGGCUAUUGGUUUCAACAGAGGCUCAAAUAGGCAUUGGGGCUGCGGCGGCACUCUCGUCUCCGAUCGGUUCGUUCUCAGCGCGGCCCACUGUACAUAUUCCACUCAAUACGGUUACGCUCAGUGGGUACGCGUGGGCGAUCUGGAUUUGUAUCGGACGGACGAUGUUGCUAAGCCUCAGGAGCGUCGCAUCGUCGAGAGGAUAAGCCAUCCGAAGUACAAGCCGCCGGUUCAUUACAAUGACAUUGCCUUGUUCAGAUUAGAGUCACCGAUCACGUUCGAUGCUUUCGUCAGACCAGCCUGCCUAGACGUCACGGGGCACCAAGCCGUUGGUCAAAGGGUUGUAGCUACUGGCUGGGGACUCACCGAACACGAGGGUGAGUCGAGCGAGGUUCUGCUGAAGGUCAUAUUACCCGUAGUGAGCCACGCAGAUUGUAAUGCCACGCACUCGGGUCACCAUUCCUUGCCGGAUGACAUUGACGAGCAAACUCAAUUUUGCGCCGGAGGAGAAAUCAACAAGGACACCUGUCAGGGUGACAGUGGCGGCCCACUCGCGACCUACAGUACGCAGGAAGAGUGCAUGUACGAUGUCAUUGGAAUAACGAGCUUCGGCUCGAUUUGCGGUUUGUCAUCUGGAGUUUACACUAGAGUUUUUUCUUAUCUGCCUUGGUUGGAAAGCAUUAUCUGGUCAUCCAGCUCAUCAUCAUCAUAGUUCUCCCGAUUAAUACAAUUUUCGCCUUGAGCUUGUAUCAAAUGCAUCCAGUGUUCUAACUACUAUCAUUCCUUUUUUUAUCGUCACUACUUCUUACCAUGACAUAUUAAUCCAUACACAGGAACGUAACAUUUUAUGGUCUGUA